AUGACCUCCCAUUUGGAGAAGAAUAAAGUUGGAAUUGCGGAGAACGCAAAUGAUGAGUCCGUAGAGGAGGCUGUGUUCAAGUACGUUGGUGAAGGUCUGAACAGGAAAGAUGAAAAAUCGGACAAGAGAUCGGAUGACCCGGCUGCUGCUGACUCGCAGGACGACAAUGUCAAGAGUAAAACACUAGAAGGUAACAGUGCUGAGCAACAUGGCGGGGGAGGGUCGCAUGGGUUAGAUUCGGACACGCACGCGGCGAGUUCUGACUCUGCUACACAUCCGGCCAGUAAUGGUACAACGGGUUCUGAUGGGAACGCUGCCUCCGGGGAAGAUAAUUCAUCGGAUAUGAGCUGGUAUAUAAGGCAUGAGGAGGAUCUGCCCGGCAAUACUGCCUACAUGAAUGAGAACGACGCGCACCUGAACCCGCAGUCGAAUUCGGUACAGGAGUCCGUUGCGCUGGCUGCGGUCGUCGCUGCGUACGCUGCUGACAAGAAGAGGAAGCUGGAUGGAGGCGACCAUAUAGACAGUAUAGAUGGCGAGGCUGAUGACAUGCACAGCGGCAGAAGCAGUAGUAACAGCAACAGCCACAAACGGUCCAAAAUGGAACAGGAACAGCAGAAGAAAGAUAAACUUCAACUGGCUGUUGACCCGGAGUUGGCCACGCUGGACGAUCCGAGCCCAUCGUCCGCGCAGGAUCACCUUGUGCGGAAAGCGAUCAUUGAUACCGAUUCAAUUGCACAGAACCCUGAUUUCCAACAAUACCUAAACACCGAGGCGGAGCCUGUGAAGACUAAACAUUUGCCCAGGAACAACCAGGACAGUGCAGAUGCGCCUCCCGAAAUACAAAGCCCGGGGAAGCUCGCAGUCACGCUACAAAGUGCAACGAAACAGUAUUCGGAACUAGCUAGAGAGUCGCUCGCGAAGGACUCGUCUGGUCUUGGGAGCCACGGAUCACCGUUAUCGGAGGGCCAUGGCGACACAGACGAGGACACUAAACUUUUACAAAGUGCUGCUAACAGGGCCUCCGAGAUAAUCGGGACCACCAGUCAAACAAGCGGGAAGGCGUUCGAUGCAAAUGAGGAGACUGCGCUGGACCAGUUCAUCGAGGAAUACAGGAAUAUCAAGAAGUUCACCAGGAAGCAAACUUGCGAGAGAAUCUGGACUAACGGACGCCGUAAGGACGAUUUCUGGAUCAACAUAUGUAAAGUUCUGCCGUACAGGACGAGGUCAUCCAUUUACAAGCACGUCAGGAGACGCUAUCACAUAUUCGAUCAGCGUGGUAAGUGGACACAAGACGAGGAUGCGGAACUGGCUAAGUUGUGUGCGGAAAAGGAGGGCCAGUGGUCUGAAGUGGGCAAAGCACUGGGUAGAAUGCCAGAGGACUGCAGGGAUCGUUGGAGAAACUACAUCAAAUGUGGGUCCAACAGGGCUGCUAAUAAGUGGUCAGAGACUGAGGAGGCGCUAUUGAAAAAAGUCAUUUCAGAUAUGGUGGAGGAGGCUAAGAUCUACCAAGAUAGGGUCGACAACGGAUUAAUCAGUGCUGAAGUGGAAGAUGAGCAAAAAGCGUUUAGGGGACCCCGGGGGAAGAAGAUGUCCGGUAAGCCAAACUUUAAAGACGUGAUCAAUUGGACGGUGGUUAGCGAACGUAUGGGUGGUACGAGGUCUCGUAUACAAUGUCGCUACAAAUGGAACAAAUUGGUGAGGAAACAAGCCAUCUCGAAGAUUGAAAAAGUGAGGGGCGAUGACAAAAGGUGGAUAGUGGGGAAGCUCAGAGAUCUAGGGUUUACCGAUGAUUCUCAAGUUGAUUGGGAGGAACUGGCUACUUUAAAACCGGGCUCCAAGUGGUCUGGCUUAGAGCUGAAGCUGUGCUACGAAAAAAUGAGAACAAUGGUCAAGUUUUACAAAGAAAGGAGCAUCAGUGAAAUAGCCAAGUCAUUGUUGGAUAUGUUUGACAAUGAAUUGGAACUAGAGAAGGAGGAAUAG